AUGGCAUAUACUGUUAGAGAAUGCUCAUUGACAUUUAUUUUUACAAUUAUGUGGCUGUUGAUUAAAGCAGAAAUAGAUGUGUGCAAGAGAGGAGGUGUGACCGUGAAACCUUCCAGAGUAAUUUCACUUGGAUCAGCCAUCAAUAUUUCAUGUUCUUUGAAGCCCAAACAAGGCUGCUCACGUCAUUCUAGUUCUAACAGGCUCAUCCUCUACAAGUUCAACAAAACUAUCCAUUUUCAACAUGGCCACUCCCUCAGCUCUCAAGUCUCAGGCCUUCCCUUGGGCACAACCCUGUUUGUCUGCAAACUGGCCUGUAGCAGUAGUGAUGAGAUUCGAAUAUGUGGGGCAGAGAUCUCUGUUGGUGUUGUUCCAGAACAGCCUCAAAAUGUAUCUUGUGUGCAGAAGGGAGAGCAUGGGACUGUGGCCUGCACCUGGGACAGAGGAAGAGACACCCACCUAUACACAGUCUAUACUUUACAAUUAAAUGGACCAAAAAAUCUAACUUGGCAGGAGCAAUGUAAGGAUCAUUAUUGUGACCAUAUGGAUCUUGGAAUAAACAUAACUCCUGAAUCACCUGAAUCCAAUUACACAGCCAAGGUGACUGCUACCAACAGGCUUGGAAGUUCUACUUCAUUCCCAUCCACAUUCACAUUCUUGGACAUAGUGAGGCCCCUUCCUCCGUGGGACAUCAGAAUCCAAUUUCUAAAUGCUUCCGUGAGAAGAUGUACCCUUCAUUGGAGAGAUGAAGGGAUAGUGUUGCUUAAUCAACUCAAAUAUCGGUCCAAUAAUAGCAGAUCCUGGAAAAUGGUUAAUAUUACAAAUGCCAAAGGAAGACAUGAUUUGCUUGAUCUGAAACCAUAUACAGAUUAUGAAUUUCAGAUUUCCUCUAAACUACAUCUUCAUAAAGGAAGUUGGAGUGAUUGGAGUGAACCAUUGAGGGCACAAACACCAGAAGAAGAGCCUACUGGGAUGGUAGACGUUUGGUAUAUGAAGCAACACAUUGACUACAAUAGUCAACAGAUUUCUCUUUUUUGGAAGAGCCUGAGUGUGUCAGAGGCAAGAGGAAGAAUCCUCUACUAUCAAGUGACCUUACAGGAGAUGGCCGGAGGGAAGGCCAUGCUACAGAACAUCUCAGGACGUACCUCCUGGACCUGGGUCAUUCCCAGAAGUGGGAAAUGGGCUGUGACUGUGUCCGCAGCCAACUCAAAAGGCAGUUCCCUGCCAACUCAUAUUAAUAUAACGGACCUGUGCGGGGCAGGGUUGUUGGCACCUCGCCAGAUCUCUGUAUCCUCAAAGGAUGCAGAUAACAUGGUGGUGACUUGGGAGCCCCCAGAGAGGACUGCCUCCGUUGUCCAGGAGUACGUGGUGGAAUGGCGGGAGCCCCGUACGGGUGGUGACACACAGCCUCCUCUGAACUGGCUCCGGAGUCCUGCCUACAACGUGUCUGCUUUGAUUUCAGAGAACAUAAAACCCUAUAUCUGCUAUGAAAUCCAUGUAUAUGCACUGGCAGGGUACCAGUCAGGAUGCAGCUCCGUUCGGGGAAAUGCUAAGGACAAAGCACCCCUGAAUGGCCCCCACAUUAAUACCAUCACAGAGGGAAAGGGAGGUGUCUUAAUUUCAUGGAACAGAAUUCCAGCCCAGGAACAAAUGGGCUGCAUCCUGUAUUACAAGAUCUACUGGAAGGAACAGAACUCGGAUGCCCAACCUGGGUCCCAUAAAAUUCCCUAUAGGGCAUCGCUGAACUCAUACGCAAUAGACAGCUUGCGGCCCAGAGUGGUAUACGUCCUAUGGAUGACAGGUCUCACAGCUGCUGGUGAGAGCCCCCGAGGAAACGAGAGGGAAUUUUAUCUGUCAGGUAAAACCAACUGGAAUACAUUUGUGGCAUCAAGCAUUUGUAUCGCUGUCAUCAUGGUGGCCAUUUUCUCAAUACGUUGCAUCCGGCAAAAGAUAUUUGUUCUCCUUUCAGUCCUCAGACCUCAGUGGUGUAGCAGCGACAUUCCAGACCCGGCAAACAGCACUUGGGUUAAAAAAUAUCCCAUCGUGGAGGAAAAGAUGCAGCUAUCCUUGGACAAACUCCUAAUAACCGGACACACUCCUGAAGAACCUGAGACUGUGGUCAUCAGUGAAGUCAUUCAUCAAGUGGCCCCAGCCUUCAGACAUCCCCAUUGCUCCAACUGGCCAAAAAGGAGACAAGGAGUCCAAGGUCACUAUACCCCUGAUGAAGACAUAACACCUCCCAGAACCCUCACAGCUGAGACGAGACAACUAGGGGAUCUGUACCAGGUGCUGGGGGGCAGAGGCUCAAAACCUGGAAUCCCAGUCAGCUCCUUGACAGUCUUCCCAGUGGACUACCUUCCCACCCACGAGGGUUACUUACCCUCCAACAUAGAUUAUCUCCCUUCACAUGAGACUGCUAGUUCUGAGCCUCUGGAAGAGCUAGAGCCUCAGCACAUCACCUUGUCUCUGUUCCCCUCAAGUUCCCUUCUCCCACUCAGUUUCUCCUAUGGUGAGAAGCUGACUCUAGAUCAGAUAAAGAUGGGGUGUGACUGA